CUCGUUCACCGUCUUUUUACCCCUGGCAGAUCGCCUCUCCCCCCUCUCUCGAAACCAUCGAUUGAAUCCUUCUCUCUCUAAUAUUGAAGCCCUGUGUCUCCUUUGAAUAAUCAAUUUUUCUUUAAAGAUGGAGCGAAUCAUUGGAGGGAAGUACAAGUUAGGGCGCAAGAUCGGCAGUGGAUCCUUAGGCCAACCAUGACCCGACCCGACCCGACCCGUUUGCCACCCCUAAAUUAAAUCCCUCAGUCCGUCGAUCGAUUUAAACCUCAGUGCGAAAAUUGUAGAAGGGAGGAGGGGGGGAACAUCUCACUCUCUCUAUUCGUUUCUCAAUAUCUUUAUUUUCCAAACUUUGAACGAUGCAGGCCAGUGACAGAUUUAAUAUUAAUUCCCAACUUGAGCAUCUUCAAGCUAAAUAUGUUGGGACUGGGCAUGCUGAUAUGAGUAGAUUUGAGUGGGCAGUUAACAUCCAACGUGAUAGCUACGCAUCUUAUGUUGGCCACUACCCCCUUUUGGCUUACUUUGCUGUUGCUGAAAAUGAAUCAAUUGGGAGAGAACGCUACAAUUUUAUGCAGAAAAUGUUGCUGCCUUGUGGACUUCCACCAGAGAGAGAAGAAGAUUAAGUAUUGGAAAUCUGCAAGCCAGGCUAUCAUUCCUUUAUUUUGUCGUCUUCCGUUCAGUUGUAUGAAACAAAAUGUUUGCAUAUUUCUAUUUCCAAACUAGAUGCUCCUUUAUAUGAAUUGUAGGAGAUAAAAUAUUCUUAUUACCGACUAUGAACUAUUGUAUGCAUUGAAAGUAUUUCUGGUUCCUAUAUGAAUUGAAACUAUUGUAUAAAUUAUUGUAUGAAUUGAAAGUAUUUCUGGUUCGUAUUA